AUGAUCAGCGAACAAGAAACCACCACAAGCACCACAAAAAAAGUUCAUGCCAUGAAACAACAAGAGAUUGGCAUGAUCCAAAACAAUCAAGAAAUAAUGGAUUAUUACUAUCAACAAGAACAAGAAUUAAUUCCGAAUCAAAUGUUGUCCACAAAUACUUUUAUAUUACCCCUUUAUACUCCGAUCUAUAUUCAGAACAAGUUGAAUCAUCGAUAUUUAUCGAUACCAUCUUCAAGGAGGAGCUUGAUAAUCACACCUCCAACAACAAGCUUGUCGGAAACAUCAACCGUGAACUGCAGUUCUUCAAUUUUAAUUUUUGAAAAUUACAUGACAAGUAGUGUGAGUAGCGAUGAUGAUAGUUGUGGUGGAAAAACUGAAAACCAAAAAAUUGAAACAAGAUCAAGCAAGUCAUUGACAUUAUCUGGUUCAUUGUCAGCACCGCCAUCGACCAACACCACAGAUCAUGGUCGUAAAAAUAAUCUCAGUGAUACUUGUCACAAAGAUUUUUUCAUGACAGAAAAACCAAUUACUCGAUUUAUCUAUACAGGAGAUUCUAAUUUUCAUAUUCUCGAAAGAGAGGAUUUAUUUUAUCAUGUAGAGAGUUUAGAGGUUAUCGAUUGUAAAAACAAUGAGUUAAUCAAAUCAAAAUUCAACGAAAAUCUUUCACAAAAAUGGCACAUUGGUAAAUGCAACACAAGUCACACCUAUGGAUUAAUUCGUUCCAUUGAAAAUCCCAAACUGAAAUUAUACUAUGAUGGAGAACAUGUAUUUUUAAAGGAAGAAAAAGAUCAUUUAGCAGAAAUGGACGAUGGAUAUUUGUGGAAGUUUGUUUUAGAGGAGCGACCUCAAUACAGUUUUUUAAAUCGAUUACAGAGCUCUACAAAUACCUACAAAACUAUUUCUAAAAAUAACAAACUGUAUGUCACUGUUCAGCCCAAUAACCAAUUAGGUCUUGCGUUUUAUAACUCAGUUUUAACAGGUUUUCUUUUAGCUCUCAAUAAUGGAAACACUCAAUUUUUCAAAAUUACUCUCGACGGUUUUAUUGAAUCCAAAAUUUCAAGCCCCACUGAAAAAACAGAGAAAAUGGUCAUAACUUGGGAUUUGGAAGAAAACAAAAUCAAACUUGCGAAAAACGAAAACCUUUUAAAUCAGAAAUGGAUCAUUGUGCCCCAUCACAAAAAUCACAAUCUCUUCAAAAUUCAUUCCGUCUACGAACCCAUUUAUAUUUUAGAUACCUACAAGAUUGAGAAAAACUCUCUUCUAUGCAUUAAGGAAUUAGAAGAAGACAUUGACGAUCUUUAUUGGAACAUUGAGUAA